UUAAUCAAGUUCAAAGCGAACUGUGCGAAAAAGAGAGAAGGCAACGCACUCGCACUCUUUUCUAGCACUCUCCCUCUCGCACACACACACACUAGCUUACGCUCAGCUGUACACGUAGCCUGUUUUCGUUUUUUGUUUUUCUUUUUUCCAUUUCUUUAUUUGUGUGUUUUGUUUGUCACAUAAUUGUGCAAUAGCAGUACGAAUUAAACAUUUUAUUAUCAAUAUUGAAGACAAAAAUUUAUUUAACAAACGUAAUAUGUUCGAAGAUCGGGACUAGAAAAUUAGGUGAAAAACGAAAGCAACGAACAUGAUCAACGGCUUGAGCGUUGGCGGUGUUCAACAGGUGACGCCAGCAGGUGCUGCAAUUAAAUUGCACUUUGCCUACAACAACAACACUAGCAACAGCAGCAACAACAACAACAACAUCUACAGUGGCCUUAAAACAACAGAGCAAAAAAUGAGCAACAACAACAACACGGGCGAAGUGCUGAAAAUAAUUGAGAAAAUCCGGGAAACAAGUGGAGCAACAGGUGGCAACCAAGGAUCAGUCAGCUUUAUGGGACUUUCUACCGCAGCAGGAGCUUAUUCAGGGUCAGAAAUUCCAAAGGCAGUUGGUUUAAUUCAAGGAUCAGAUGGUUCCAGAAAAUCUGCAACUUUAAGAGGGCUUUCCACCGACUUUGGAUCAGGAACAGCGAGGGCACCUGGUAUUAACCAAGAAUCGGGCGAUUCUAUAACUCCCAGAGGUUUUUCUACAAGAUCAGGAGCAGGAACCCCAAGCGCCAUUAGCAUUGGCCCAAGAAGUGUCCUUUACGAAGAACUUGCUACCAAAACAGCAAAUGGUAUUUCUGAAGCUGUGAGAAAAUUUUACAAUAUAACCGAAACAUCAAUGGUUGUUGGCAAACUUUCGUUAGCUUCAGCUCCAGGAACUGGAACUGGAGGAGUUGUUAUAGGCUCUGGGGCUACAAGGGUUAUUUCAAAAGCUCCAAAUGGUGUUGCUGUGGUACAGGGAGUUCCCCAAAUAGGAACAAGCAGUCUCCGCUGGCUGCCCAUGCCUGUGACCAAAGAACAGCCGUCAAAUGUAGGAGGAGCUGAAACUAAACCUUUAGGCAGAGCAACUGAAAAUGUUGGUUCACUUGGAGAAGCUGCCAAAAGUGCCUUAGUUAACCCUCAGCCGCAGCGCACCGAGGACCAAGAAAAUGCCUUUCGACGCAUCGAGGAUGUGCACAACUAUGCCAAGCUGCAGGACUACAGCAGCGACACCGACGAAGAGGAAGACGAAGAAGAGGAAGAGCUUGACGAAGAGGAGGAAGAUGAGGAGGAAAUCCAGGUGCAGUUGCCGGUGCAGCAGGAGAUCACACGCAUUCGUCGCGAAGCUGCCGAAGAGCAUGUGGACGUGGAUGUGGUUACUGUGCCGCAGCAAGAACAGGAUAAGGAUCGCCAUAAAAUACAGCAGCAGCAACAGGAUCAGCCAGCGGAUAACAUCCGACCGGAGCACCAUGCCCGCCGUCCCAUGAAUGCAUUCCUUAUCUUCUGCAAGCGCCACCGCGGUAUUGUCAAGGAGCGCUACAAGACCCUGGAGAACCGUGCCAUUACCAAGAUACUGGGCGACUGGUGGGCCGCACUCGACGAGCAGGAGAAGCACUGUUUCACGGAUCUGGCGCAGCAGAACAAAGACGCCUUUUUCAAUGCCAAUCCCAACUUCAAGUGGUACAAAUUGCCGGCCCCGCCGCUGCGCACGCUGGCCACCCGUCCCAGCAAUACGGCUGCUGGUUUGUUCAUCCCCAGCGAAGAUCAGCCACAACAGCAGGUGCCAACGCCACUGCAACUACAAUGGGCAGAGCGUGGCGAGAUGCCGAGGGCUCUGCUGCGCCGCAACUACUUUAAGCUGGCGGACGAAACGCAGAUGGGCCAUUUGAGCUCGCUACUGCAAGUCCAAGUACAGGAAAAGGACUUCGCCCUGCAGCAGGCGCUCAGCGAGACCAGCCAGUUUCUAUCCGCCCACAUGCCAGGAGGCAAUCCGAAUGGUAAUGGCAGUAAGCGCUCCCUGGCGGACAGCAACUCUAGCAACUCCAGCGAGGAGGAGGCGGCCAACGGUGGCUCACCCAGCAAGAAGGCGAAAUCAUCGCGCUCCUGCAAGGGCAAGAUCUACCAGGAGCUGGUCAACUCCGGCCAACUGGCGGCUAUAGCUAAAAAGAGCAAGGCUCGGUCUCCCCCGUCGGGAAAUAUGGGUGGAAACUUUGUGGACAUCCCCUUGGAUGCGGGACCCAAUACGCCGCCCGUGUCCCCACCAGAACGCCACGACAGCAGUCCCGAUUCCAUGCAAAAGCAUCUGAGGACCGUUUCCGAGUCCAGCAGCAGUGGUUUUUUUGAUCUUGAGGAGAAGAUCAAGGAGCUGCCGGCCCUCAGUUUGGAUGCUUACCUGCAGCGCAAGCGCAGCACCAAAAAGAAGAAGAAGUUUAGCGGCAGCAAGAAACAGAGGAAUUCGAACAGCACCAGUAGCGGAUCAAUGGCACCAAAUGCAGGAGCAGUAGCUGCUACGGACAAAGGAUCAGCAACUGCAGCCAGCGAGCACUUGGUAAGGAUCAAGCAGCAGCAGCAGCAACUACAGGCCGUAGGCAGCCAGCGACGCAAGGCGCGCAAGGAGAGCAUCACGCGACGCGAUGUCAGCGCAAUCGAGCAGGAGGUGGCCUCCAUUCUGCCGCUGACCAUCAACGGCAGCUAUUACUUCAAUCAGAGUGGUGCACCCAAGGCGAUGAAUGCAGCUCCCACCUCAUCGUCGGCCUCGCCGCCGCUAUCUUCGAACUCCUCGUCGUCGUCCUCGUCGCUCUCCUCACAGGCGGCCUUCGACGUGACCUCCUCUACCUCAGAUCUACUCAUUCUGGCCGAAGUGGCCGCCAACCGCACUGAGCUGAGCAAGUCCAACUAGCGCCAGCAGCACCACUACCAUGACCACUGGCUGUCCAGCAUAACCACCAAAUAGUUAGCCCAAAUUUAAACCGUAAACUGCAAGAUUUUCGUAACGUGAUAAGGAUAUAUUAACCAUAUCUUCUUCUAUUUCUGUAGAAAUAUGCAAAAAUAUUCUACUUUUUCAACCAAAAAAAUGGCAUAAUUGAUAAUGGAAAAUUCAUGCCCCAAAAGUUAAUCAUAUCAACUUUUACAGCAUGGAAGAAGUCAUUCGAAAACUGUAAACUAUGUAUUAUAUAAGUUUUAACAUGUUUUUUCGGGUUAAUGUCUCAGAAAUAUUUGAAAUAUUUCGUUUCUUAACCUCUUUAAAUUGUAUUAUAUCAUUUUUUUAAAGAAGCAUUUUUUUAAAGAAUCAUGAAAAAUGAAUAUUAACUUGAAAAUGUAAUUGAAAAUUGAAAAUCAAUUUUUAAACUUUAUGACAGUCUUGCAGUUCAGUUAAGCUCCCUUCUUCGAUACUUACAAUGCUUUAAGCUAUUUGCUGGUGGUGCCACAUGGAGAUGGAGAAACAGACAUUCGUUGAUCUACAAUUUAGUCAAUAAUAUUAUGUAAAAAACAAAAAAGCGAGCCAGCAGAAAGGAAUAUGAGAAGAGAGUCGCGACGGUAGCGAAUUAUGUAUUUUUUGUUAUGAUGGCGGCAGGAGAAAUUCCGCGUCAGUUUCACACGCAUAUAUAUCUAUAUAUUUUGUAUUUAGAUAACUUGUUCUGUUUUUUUCUUGUUAAGUUUCUCCUUUUAUCGGGCCGCGUUCGCUUAAGCAGCAAGAGUAGAAAAGCAGCAAAAACAACAGCCGAACGCUCAUUAAAUGUUAAUUAUUAUUAUUUCUAAUAUGUAGUCGUAAUUUAUUGCUAUAUUUGUCAAAACGCAAACAAUUUGCAAACAAAAAUAUAUUCAUUUUAAAGUGGAAA